UAAAGGAUAUCAACACUUCUCCUCUACAAUUUUCCUAUAGUGUCACUACAUCUUUUUAUUUCCAUAUCUUUUAGUAAAAUGGGUCUAAAGUCUGUGUUGUGUGCUAAGAUAGAAAUGAAAGCCAAUAAAGAUGUGUUUCAUGAUGUCUUUACAAAUAAACCACACCAUGUCUCUAUUAUGUCCCCUUUGCAUGUACAAGGUUGUGAGCUUCUUGAGGGUGUCUUUGGAACCGUUGGAUCCAAAAUUUGUUGGACAUAUACCCUUGAAGGGGAAAAGAAGAUCUCCAAACAAGUAAUUGAAGCUAUAGAUCAUGAAACAAAGAUGCUCACACUCAAAGAAUUUGAAGGAGAUCUGGUGAAUAAAUAUGAUAAUUUUAAGGCAACUCUUCAUAUCGAAACAAAAUACGACAUCAAUUUGGUAAGCUGGACAAUAGAGUAUGAAAGGCCAAAUGAAAAUGUCCCAGAACUAGUAAAUUUGUUGGACUUCAUUAUUGGUAUGACCAAAGCUAUUGAUGAUCACCAUGUCAAUUGAUAAUAUUGAUGGGAUCUCAUAUAUAUGCAUGUGAGCUUUACAUAAAUACCCCAUGCUAUGUGUAUUGUUUGAGAGUAUAUGGUAAAAAUAAUAAUCCAUAUGUUGGUUGUGUACUUUAAUUUUUAUUUGGUUUUUAUCUUUGGUGAUUUCAUGUUUGUUGUGCCUUCUCAUGUAACCUUUGUGUUGUGUAAUAAGACAUGGGUAUGAAGUUCAUAUUC